AUGACGGUACUUGUGAUUCGCUGGAUACCGGCGAAUUUGCCUCAAAGCUCGCUCGCCAAAUAUCACGUGGUGCAAGACGAAGGAGUACGCAUUUUACUGAUUCCAUUAAUUACUGUUCUCGUUGGCGGUACUCUACAUGCACUUGAGUCAAUAUGUAUUGAUUUAGAGAAACAAAUUCCUGUUGUUGUUGUUGAUGUUAAGCAAAAUCGAGAGUACCUGAUCGAUGCACUUCACAAAAAUUUACUCGUAUUCGUCAGCAAUUUCGUGAAAUUAGACGUUGAUAUUACUCAUUUGUUUGGUUUUGCCGAAAAUUCAUUGAAAGGAGCUGCUAACACUUCAACAGCAGAAUUCUUCAAUAAAAAUAUUUGGUCUGGUCGACAUCAUUAUUUAAAAGAUUUAUACUCGGAAAAAAUUCGUAAUAAUCGGGAUCCACUGUGCUUUCUAGAUCAAAUUAAUUCCAAACUUAAUUUCGAAGAGGAAGAUUUAUCUAUUAUUAUUGAAAAGCUGGUUGGUGAUUUCAUGGAUCCACUUUAUAAGAAUCCAUCAAAGUGUGUAUUGAGGAAAGUACAUCCAGAAAACAACAGUAAGGAAGAGAAGAUAGAUGCUGAACAUAUUUAUCGUGAUCUCUUUCUUUGGUGUAUACUAACAUAUCGACUUGAUAUGGCCAAAAUUUUUCUUACUCAAAUGAAUACUCGUAUUUGUUCAGCGUUGAUCGCCUCGAAAAUUCUCAAAAAAUUAGCAGACUAUGCGCCUGAUCAGGCUGCAAAAAAAACACUUUUUUCAAAAGCGGAUGAGUUCGAAACUUACGCCAUCGAGUUCGUACGUUGUUCUUACCUGUAUGAUAAACAUAAAGCAUGCGAAUUGAUUAUGCGACGUGUAAAGCUCUAUGGGGAUACGACUUGUCUUCAAAUGGCGAUUGCUGCAGAUAAUAAGAAAUUUUUAUAUGAAGAUGCUUGUCAAGCUCUGCUAAAGAAUAUAUGUUAUUACAUGCUCUUCGCAUUUGAUCCACCUUCAGACGACAUUCCCAGCAUUCAUUGGACUGAAAUAUUAACUAUUAUUACCGUGACUAGCAUGCUCGUAGAAGAAUUUCGGCAAAUUUACUUUCAAGCUAAUAAAUCGCUGAUGGGCAAGAUAUAUGCCUAUUUUGACUUAGGUAAUCGAAUGUCCAAUUUGUUUCUGGUUCUACCAACAUAUCUUCUCUUCUAUAUUGGACUUGUUCUUCGUUUUACACGGACGGAUGCCAAUGGUUUUGCAUGGGCCAGAAUAGUGAUGGCUUGUGACUUAGAAUUAUGGUUUAUUCGCUCUGUUUUGUUCAUCGGAAUUGCUCCACAGCUUGGUCCCAAACUUGUGAUGAUUCGAAAAAUGGUAAAUAUGUUACUCGAGUAUUAUUUAAGUAUUAAACCGUUCCGUUUACAGACCAACGAUCUCUUGUUAUUCAUAUUCAUCAUUGUCGUUUUUAUUUUCGGCUAUGGAAUUACAUCAAGAUCUAUGAUAGCUUAUCGAACCAUCGAUUUUGAUGGGCGACAGUUUUUUCGUAAUGUGGUCUAUCCAGUUUAUUAUUUUGUCCUUGGCAAAUUCGAUGAUGAGCUUGCACAGUUGGAUGGUAAAAAUAUCGCCUAA